AUGGUUCCAUGUCCAGGUUUCAGCCAUCUAAUCCCACUCGUACAGCUUGCAAAACGACUAGUCGUUCAUCGUGCUCACUUCCACGUCACUCUCUUCAUCCCAACACUUGGCCCUCCCUCCAAAACUACAUAUUCCAUCCUUCAAUCUCUCCCUCCUCACAUAGAUUUCACUAUUCUUCCACAAGUGAAUCAAAACGACAUCCCUCAAAGUGCUGUCCAUCCAGCAACACAAAUCCAUCAUACUGUGAUGCUGUCUCUUCCAUCAUUUCAAGAUGCUUUGAGGUUGCAUAGCUUUUCAUGGGGCAAGGAUAUUCCUGACAUAGUUCAAGAAAGAUCAAGUGAAUCCUAUGAAACAAUUCUUCACAUCUGUAAACGGUUCAAUUUUGCAGAUGGUAUCAUAGUGAAUAGCAUCUUAGAACUAGAACUAGAGAUAGAAUUAGCAACCGCAAGCAUGUUAGCCACCGAUUGUUUAACAUGGUUAAACAAUCCGCCACAAAACUCAGUUCUAUAUAUCUCUUUUGGGAGUGGUGGAUCACUGUCACAUGACCAACUUCGCCAACUCGCCUUAGGAUUAGAGAUAAGUGGCCACAAGGUUUUGUGGGUUGUGAGAGCUCCAAGUGAGUUUGCCUCUUUAGAUUAUUUGAGGGCCAAAGAGGAGGACCCACUUGAUUACUUGCCAAAAGGGUUUAUUGAAAGAACCAAAGAUCAAGGUUUUGUGGUCCCAUCAUGGGCCCCACAAAUUGAAAUCCUAAGACACGAGUCCGUUGGUGGGUUUCUGACUCAUUGUGGUGGGAACUCCACGCCUGAGGGUGUUUUCUAA